AUGGCGUCUGUAUUCACCAAGGCGUUCCCUGCGGCCGUGAAGGAAAUCCGUCUGCAUCUGUCGCCCAGUGGCGCUCCUAGCGCUGGUGCUCGUCAGUUCUUGUCGUCGCACUACAAGUCGAUCAAGUCGAGCAACCCCUCGCUGCCAUUCCUGAUUCGCGAAGCACAGAACACGCCUGCCCGUGUGUUCGUUCGUUUCGAGCGUGGUGUUGAGAAGAAUGCCGAGAUUGAUGGUCUCGAGGCAUCGGCGGUGGAGAAGAAGAUCUCGGAUCUACUUGCCUAA